CCACCUUCUGAAAACGUCACAACAACAUGACGUUUGAGGUUAUGUUUGGUGGGCCAAAAAAUACGAAUUUUUAAUUUUUUCAAAUGUAUUGAGACCAAAAAAGUUAAAAUGCAGUCGUACGUCCAAAAUACUUCCGAUCUUCCGCCAGAACUGUGCGCCAAGCCCUUGGCCCUUGUGGGAGUGUCUGGUUUAGACACCCUCAACAACGCAGUCCACAAGUCAAUUUGGGAGACCUUCAGUAAUAACAGGAGGGCCGACCGGUCCCCCGUCAUAUUCAAACUAAUCGGUAAUGCCCACGAGUUCCCCGUAAUCAAGCCGAAACGAAACUCCUACGACUGGUACAUUCCCAAGGGGAUCCUGAAACGCAACUGGAUGAACAAACACCUGUAUGAAAUUCCAGCAGUGAUUGUUAUUUUCUAUGAUUUAGACUGGAACGAUAACAUGUGGAACGAGAAAAUGAUCGAAUGUGCGUCUCGCGUGCAGUCCCUGAGGGCGGCGCUGGAGGGGCGCAAUACACGCAUAACUGUGGUUCUGAUCCAAAAUACCUUGCCUUUGCCGCCAGGGGAGGACGUCUUGGCCUCCGAUAGGGCUAUAAGUUUGUGCGCUAGUUGUGAAUUAAAUGCGAGUUCACUGUUUGUCCUCCCCCAUGGGGACCACCUACAGGGCUAUGCUGUCAGACUGGAAAGCGCCUUUUAUGAGUUUGCGCAAAAUUAUUACCACAAUGAAAUUAAAACCAUCAGGUCGCAUAAAGAACACUUGAAUAAGACCUCCCAUCAGUAUUUGUUUGUGAGACACCAAUUUAAAAUGGGGUUUCUUUAUGAACUCAAACAGGAUAUUCACACAGCUCACAAGCAUUACACACAUGCUUAUAAUUAUUUAUUGGAAAUUCGCGUGGUGGACACGAACGCGUUGGAAAUCCGGACCAUUGCUGGUUUUAUUAACUACAAGUUGUGCAAGUUAAUGUUUGCGUUAAAUUUGCCAAGAGAUGCAAUUUCGCAGUUUAAGGCACACAUUGAUCGGUUUAAAAGUCGAAUGGGUUUUCAUGAAUUGAGUUUUGAACACUAUGCCUGGCUAUCAAAACAGUUCUCUGUUUUUGGUGAUAUUUUUGAUGAAGCCGUCAAAUUGGGAUUACCAGCUGUUCAGACCCAACAUCCUGGGAUUUAUUAUCAGCAAGCUGCACAAUAUGCCAUUCUCAGGAAAAAAUCGUGUCAGGAUUUGUGUUCGAACAUCAUAGCUUACCCCCAACCCGACCCGCUAGAAGGGGUAAAUAACAUGGAAUUUUACGGGCAAAGGCCUUGGCGGCCCGGAAAAUUAUCAGCCGAACCCCCGGAUCCCCAAUUGGAAUCAAACGGAAUCCAAGCAAUUCAGUAUUUAGAGAAGCAAUUUGCACAUUCUAACUCGAUUGUUUCUCUGUAUGGUUUAGCAAUUUCGCAAUACAAAACGUACAGAUGUCCUCGGACGAGAAGACAUUUGGUGUUGCAAAUGGCCGAGGAAUAUUACAACUCGCACGACUUUGGGAAAGCAUUGACUCUUCUUACCCACAUGCUGUGGGAUUUUCGGACGGAAAACUGGUGGCUACUCUUGACGGAUAUUUUAGAAAGAGCACUCAGAUGCGCUUAUUUAACAGCAAGCGUUCAGGAUUACGUACUAUUAAGUCUUGAAAUUUUAGGAAAAUACAGUAAACUCAGCACUGAGCAGAAAAAACGGAUCCAUGAAAAUCUCCAAAGGAUUUUAAAGAGACAGAUACCCUUCGGGGACCAAAAACUAACCCCCGACGUGCUCCAACAUGCCGUGAUUCAGUGGCAACCAAAGCUGCAAACAGAACCGAUCCAUCUUGCACUCGAUCUGGGAAAUAUCUCGACCUGCAUUGAAACCAAAGCCAGGUUCAUGCAAGCGAAAUACGAAGUCGACCAAAAUGUCACGGUCGAAGUCUACAUCAAAUGCUCGAGCCCACUGCCUCUAACUUUCGCUAAAGUGUCAGUUACGGUCAAUACUCCGUCGUAUAACUGCGAAUAUGCGGUUGAUGAUCGAAAUUUGAGCUCGAAUUCUCUGGACUUCGAUUCUGAUGAAGCAAAACGAUUCGUUAUUGAUUUUAUCCCCGACUCUAACGACGUCAAUAGCGAGAUCCAAAUUGGCGCAAUAAAUUUACUGAUGGGAAAUCAGAAUGAAACGAGUUUGGAUCUCAAAUUCAAUCCUCAGAACAGCAUGAAUCGCGUCUGUCCUGAAUUGUUGCACUUUAAAUACUGUCCAGAUAGGCUCGAUUUUGACAAUAUUUCGCCUCGAACCAACACUUUGAUCAUCCCGAGACAUUCCAAGCUGGAAAUUGGGCUAGAAUACGCAAUUCCGGCGCUUUUAGGCGAGUGGUUCGAAAUCAAGAUUUUUAUAAACAACGAGGAACCGCACGAUAUUAAAGAAAUGAAAGUUGAGGUGACUUUGACUAAAGACGAGACGAUUAGUUUAACUGAAUUUUCGACAAAUUCGUCUGGGGUCCCCGAACGGCUCCCUCUUGUGGUGAAACUCCCCGCUUCGUUGCAAAAGGGCGAGAAAUGUUGGGGGAGUUUCUACUUAAGGGCUCACAAAGUGGUGGAGAAUCACAUCGAAGUGAAAAUUUCGUACAGUCUAGACCGCGAAAAGCCAGUAAUUAGUAUAAAAACGGAGACAAUAAUAGUACCAGUGGUGAAACCCUUCGAAAUCAGUACAAAAUUCCACUCGUCCUUGAUGGAAGAAAUUGGCCAGUUUUACGUAGGCGAAGAAGUGGGCGUGAUGUGUAGUCUACGUUGUUUAUCACCUUGGCCAAUAAUCAUUGAAAAUACCUCAAUCGAAUUCACGUCACCUUGCAAAUCCACUGAAGAUAGCACCGUAAGUCAUUUAGCCAAUACGAGAUUGGAGGAUAAGGAAGUUGGCGUCGAAUUAUUCCUAGCGGUGUGUGAGAAAAGCUGCGAUAGCAAUGUCACAGUGGGGCAAUAUAUGGUCAAGUGGCGGAGGGAGAAUGGGCUUAGUACGACCAGUCAAUUGACCGUAAUUGGGCAUACGUGCCAGUGGAUACCUCUGGAGUUGAAAAUGAGGGUUCCUGCACAUGGGUUUGUAAGGACCCCCUUGCUGGUCGACUAUCACUUGUAUAAUAGGUCACGACAGUUGCUGCAAUUGGAUGUGGCGAUGGAAGGGAGUGAGGCUUUCAUGUACGCUGGAUACAAACAGUUUAGUGUGUCUGUUUUGCCCGAGAGCGUGAAGACGAUUCAGUACAAUCUGUACCCGUUGAUCGCUGGCAGCGUGGCGCUGCCAAAACUGGUCCUGACAAUACCAGAAAAUUCCGGUGAAGUCCCCGGUAUGCGGCAGGACCAGCUAAAAUCCCUCGUCGAGAGAUGCCUACCGACGCACCUUUACGUGAUGCCGCAAGUGAAAGGCGCGCCGCAAUUACCCGGUCUGGUGAAGCCGAGGAGACUAACAAAAAUCAAAUAAUUGUUAUACUGUAAUGUUUUGAAAUAAACGAUCUUUCCCGUUA